AAACAAUUAAGACACGGAGGAGACACGGAACCGGGUGUUACAGUUUCUGCUUUUAUUGCAUAUUUAACCUUUUCACUGCCAAAGUGAGUGAAUGAGUGACGGCAGAAUAGAGACACAGAGGAGAGUAAAUACGUCUUGGAGGCUUCAAGUUCCCACAAUCCUUUGUGGCGUGUUAUUAAUGUUGUCCUAACAAGCUGAGCAUCUGAUUGGUCGACAGGCAUGUUGUAGAUUCUAUGAAGUGAAGGAUCGUAUAAGUUAGUCUGAGCUCCUUCGAGUCCGAGAAGUAACUUGUUCUGAUGCUCGGUCGACUCCUCUGGUUGUAUAGAAGUCUAUGCUUCAUGUGUUGAAGCUGCAUUCUCUCUCUCCUGGCCACCAGGGGGCGACUCCUCUGGUUGUAUAGAAGUCUAUGCUUCAUGUGGUAGAGCUGCAUUCUCUCUCCUGGCCACCAGGGGGCGACUCCUCUGGUUGUAUAGAAGUCUAUGCUUCAUGUGUUAGAGCUGCAUUCUCUCUCCUGGCCACCAGGGGGCGACUCCUCUGGUUGUAUAGAAGUCUAUGCUUCAUGUGUUAGAGCUGCAUUCUCUCUCCUGGCCACCAGGGGGCGACUCCUCUGGUUGUAUAGAAGUCUGUUCUUCUUGCUCCUCCAGGUCGUCAUGGCGUCCAUCCCAGAUCUGAUCAGGAAGAAGAGAGAUGGCGGCGCCCUGAGCGACGAGGAGAUCCGGUUCUUCGUCCACGCCGUCGCCACCGAUGCCAUCGAGGACUGUCAGACAGGCGCCAUGCUGAUGGCCAUCUGGCUGAAGGGGAUGGGCCAGCGGGAGACGGAGGCCCUGACCCGGGAGAUGAUGUCAUCGGGGGAAGUGAUGUCGUGGCCAGAGGAGUGGGCGGGGCUUAUGGUUGACAAACACUCAACGGGAGGCGUGGGAGACAAAGUCAGUCUGGUGCUGGCGCCGGCGCUCGCCGCCUGCGGCUGUAAGGUGCCAAUGAUCAGUGGGCGGGGCUUAGGUCACACAGGAGGAACUCUGGAUAAGCUGGAGUCCAUUCCAGGGUUCAACGUCCACCAAUCAGCAGCUCAGAUCCUGGCCAUCCUGCGCGCGGCGGGCUGUUGCAUUGUGGGUCAGACGGAGACGCUGGUGCCGGCGGACCGAGUCCUGUACGCUCGGCGCAACGCCACGAGCACCGUGGACAGCCGGCCGCUCAUCGCCGGCUCCAUCAUCUCGAAGAAAGGGGCGGAGUCUCUGUCGGCGCUGGUUCUGGACGUGAAGUUUGGACCCGCCGCUCUUUACCGAGACCUGGAGGCGGCGAGGGAACUGGCCCAGUUACUGGUGGCGGUGGGAAACGCCCUCGGCGUGCGCACGGCGGCGCUGCUCAGCAGGAUGAGCGCUCCCAUUGGUCGCUGCGUGGGCAACAGCCUGGAGGUGGUGGAGGCCCUGGAGGCCCUGAAGGGGCGGGGGCCCGGGGACCUCAUGGAGCUCGUCACCACGCUGGGCGGCGUCCUGCUGGAGAUGACGGGCAUGGCCUCCGACCUAUCAGAGGGAAGGAGGAAGAUUUCUGAGGCUGUGAUUGGUGGAGCCGCUCUGUGCAGGUUCCAGGCCAUGCUGCAGGCUCAGGGCGUGGCCAAUGAGACGGCUCUGUCGCUUUGCUCCGCCCACUCAGACGACUACGGUGUCCUGAGGCGGUCACAGCACCAGAUGGAGCUGAAGACGCCUGCAGAUGGUGUGGUCCUGGAUGUCGCCGGUUUGACGUUGGCGGAAGUUCUUCAUAAAUUGGGGGCGGGACGCUCGAGCGUCGGAGGACCUAUUAAUCACAGCGUGGGGGCGGAGCUACUGGUGUCGCUCGGUCAGAGGGUGAAGAAAGGUGAAUCCUGGCUGCGGCUCCACUACGAGGUUCCGGCUCCGAGCCCAGACCAGAUCAAUCGACUGCAGAGCGCUCUGACUCUGGGGUCACGUGACCGCGACGCGCCACCGCGGGCUUUAGUGGAAGAGCUGCUCCAAGGACAUGACGUCAUACCAUAAUACUUUGUUAGUUUAAACUAUAAUAACUCAUUAAUUAUUGGUUUGUUAAAUUGUAUAUUAAUCACCUGAGACUGCAAAGUGGAUUGUAAAGAAGUCAAUAUUUACACCGACAACACAAUAGACUAAUAAAAUAUUCAUUAAUAAUUAA